AUGUGUGUGAAAAUUACUCACUCGCAAUUUGUGCACUAAUUAUUAGUCUUUUAAUAAUUAUAAGGGGGAGAGAGAAGAUUAAUUCAAUCACGCUUAAUUACCCUGUAACCGCAUGUUUUAGACUGUAAUACAUGCUAGUUUUAAUUUAUGAGUUAAAUCACCUCUUUGCGGUCUUCUUAUAGUUGGUUUCUCUUCACACGACGCACUUUUCUUUUUGCAGAUGAGCUGUCUUCGUAGAAUUUUUCUAUCAAAAUCUAGGUUUCCAUUGAAUAAUAUUCAUCUACGUCAAUUUCUUCACUGUUUGGGAGGAUGGGGGGGAAUGCAGGACCUCCAAAUACUGAUGUCUAUUGGUUAGGAAUGAGUGGCUAAGAUCCUGGUUAAGUAGAUAGAGUGUUGAUGAUUUAAGAAUUUUAGUGGUUUUUAGUAGAAUUGUUGCUGUGGUUAUUAUUAUUUUACGAGUGGGGCUACUUGCUUGCUUGUCUUAUUGUAUAAAUCUAUUUCAUAGUAUCUGUAUUUACAUCAAGAAUCACUAUAGAUAAGAAUUCAGAAUGA